GUGAAGGCUAGAGAGGCGAGGGGAGGCUGGCCGCAAGCUCCCGGCAAGGGGGCCGCAGGCUGAGGGGGCAGCCCUCGUCCUCCCUGGCAAGGUGCGGCUUUCGGCAAGUACCAGCCCAGGAUGAAGCGAUCUCACUGAUACUCUCAAAAACACAACAGUGCUAAAGCCAUGGAAGACAAGAAGGUACAGUCACAGAAGCACUGUUGUUGGACUGACAGUAGUUACCUGGUGAGACAUUCAAGAGAAAAGAUACAGAAGGAAAGAAAAGCAGAAAAUGCAAAGAUAACUCAGUAAUGCUGAGGAUUAGCCCAUAUCAACAAAUGGCAGAGACCAACUUUCCCCAGCAUAUUGAAAACUUCCUGGCCAGCUAAGGCUCAUCAGUUUUCUUAUCAGAAGUGAGUCUCUUUGUGCAUGGUAAAUGAUGCCUGAACAAAAGCAACCCAUUGAUCAGGAGUUGCAUGCUCCCCUGCUAAGGUUUCUGAUGAAAAAUAUUGCUUGAUAUUUUGCAAGAUUUUUCUUUAAGCCUUUCCUGAUCUUCCUAAAUACUACUGCACGCCUGAAGAAGGAAAAGAAGUUUGGAGCAGUCCCAGUCAGUCAGCUGGUCAGUCAGACUUCUGUCUUUAAUACAGAGACGUAACAAUUUUUGCUUUGAAAGCUGGAUGAAUCACAAAUCAUCGCUGUCAUGUGAAUCCAGACACAUCACAGUUUGAAGAAAAAAAGGUGCCCCAAAUGAAGAAGUUUGCCACAGAUGCAUAAAUUAUAAUACCGUUUGGAACUGAAAGACAAGAAGAUUUCACCUUCCAGAGCAUAGAUUUCAUGGAUUCAAAUUCCAACACUGUGGUUGUAACUGGUUUUGGUCCCUUUAGACAAUACCUCGUUAAUUCUAGCUGGGAAGCAGUGAAGGAGCUGUCCAAGAGAGGCCUUGGUAAAAACAUAGAUCUCCAUAUCCUGCAGCUGCCAGUGGUUUACCAAAAAGCAAAGGAGCAAGUUUUCAUGAUAUGGACAACUCUUCAGCCGCUGCUUACUGUUCACGUUGGGCUGGCUUCAUCCGCCAAAGCAAUCAUCAUCCUUGAGCAGUGCGGGAAGAACAAAGGCUACCAAGAGAUGGAUGCUUGUGGUUUUCACCCAGAAGGUGGCUGUUGCAUGCUAGAUGGCCCGGAAAAGAUUGAAUCUACAAUUAAUAUGAAGACUCUCUGGAAAAACAUUUCAGUGGAAGGGAUUGAUAUAAUCUUUUCCAGAGAUGCGGGAAGGUAUAUCUGUGAUUACACCUACUACACCUCUCUGUAUUAUGGCAACGGAAGAGCAGCAUUCAUCCAUGUACCUCCGUUAUCCAAAUCAGUAACAGCAGACCUUCUAGGAAAAGCAUUACAGACAAUUAUCUUAGAAAUGUUAAAACAAUAUGGGGAAGAAAGAGAGUAGAAUGGAUUAUGUAAGGAAAAAAAAAAGGAUUUCUUAGAAUGCAAUUCCUUACCCUCUUAAAUGAAGCAAAUCUAGAGAUUAUUUAAAGCCCCUACAUAAAGAAUUUUAUAUUGUGUUAUUUUCAGUGAAAUUUCCUUACAAAACCCAAAUACCUGUUUAGAUCUCUCUUCGGUGUCGAAACCUUGAGAGAAAACACCAAAUGAUCAGCAGUCUCUAUUGCUAACAAUGAUAAGCUUGCUUCAGAUUUAAGAAAGCGUGAAACUGGACUUAAAACAUUUUAGAUGCUUAAUCCUAGUUCUGGUGGUUAGAAAGAGAUUAACCCAUGCUUACAGCCAUCAGGACAUUCAGCAUUGGAUGGAUGUAACAAAGGUCUCCCUCAGCCCCUGUCCAAGUCCAGAGAGGUCAUUCAGCCAUACAAAGUGCCCACGUUAAAAAAAACAUAAAUAUGGGGGGGAAGCAAAACACACGUAAGGAUCCUGUUACAUGAAGUUUUAUAAUUCUCUCUUAGUGACCUGCUCUAAAUGCUGGUUUCCACAUCAGAAAUGGGCUACGAACCCAGGGUUACUUAAAGUAACCAACAAGCUGGAAUCCAGCAGGAACUGUAAUGCUAGCAGUAAUUCUGGGUUUCAGCUGCCUGACAGCACUGCUUACCCCAUGUUCCCAGCACCUGUCCUGAAGGAAAACAUCGCAGUCUUUCCACAGAGCACAGCACAAAGACAACGGUAGAACAGCUCAUGGCUAUCCGCGAACUUAUGUAUCAAAAUCAAAAAACUAACUUGUCCCUAGAAAGGCAAUCGUUGAAGCACGCUGCUGUGGCACAUUGUGUUACUUACAAAACAGGAACCAAAUGAGAUCUCAAAUUGUAAAACUUGGGAGUUGGACAGUAACAGAUCACUUCUGUGCUUCUCCCCUGCCAAGCCAGGCUCCUCCACGUCUCAAACACAGCCGUAUACAGAAGUACUGCGCCACAAAAGCUGGGUAUGACAGAGGCUUAGAGUGCUUCCCCUUCAGGACACAGGGAAUGUCAACGCAUGCUCUCCUUGAUAAUCUUGCUAGUACCGUGACAGACAAGGAUGAGAGAAAAUUAGCAUGUAGUUUUAAAAACCAGUCACUGUAACAGGACAGCAGCAGCUUCAUGUGGACCCUGGGAUUUCUCCAGGGAAACAAAAGCCCAUUCCUCAAGCAUCACGUCAGUAAAAAGGACAGCAGAUGAACCUACCAGCACAGAGAGCUGAUGAAGCUGUGGGCCACCAUCAUGCCUUAUUUCAGUCAACACUUUGAUGACAAGAGUCAGAGGAACUGGAAACACCAAGGUAACACUAGUUUUCUUGCCACUGUCUUUUCCAGUGACUGUUACAGAAAACUGAUACCACGUCCUGGAUGGAUGAAUGCCUCAUCUAUGGAUUGCUCUAAAGGUAAAUAAGCAGGUUUUUGUCAAAUAAAUAAAUAAAAAAGCUUCCCUUGUUCAAAGGAACUACCUACUGCAAAACAGGACUCAAAGUUCCUUUGAAAGAGGGUCCACAAGCUCGGUGUCACUGGAUGAAAACACUUUGAUUUCAACACAACGUAAUGGCAGUACUGACCUCUAUUAAGAUUUAUCCGGAGUAGCUCAAUUAAAUGCAGCCAAAAAGGGCAGGAGAAAACC